AUGGGAGAAUAUGUAAGCACAAAUCGAGGGCAGAUCCGCCUUGUUUGGAUCAUUUGCGGAUUGCUCUCUGGAGUAGAGGCGCAAUGUUACGUCGGUUGCGAGCCGGAUUCUAGCGGGCACGCAGCCUGGGUCAUGCCGACCCAAGACCCGUGCGUCUGCCGUGGCCAAGCCCUCCGUCUCGGCGGGAUAAACAUCGCUACCGCCCGUUCCGUCACGCCUACAUACUACAACUUGUCGGAAAUCGCGAACGCAGCGGACUCGGGGCCUGUUUUGACCGGGUUGGCAAGUUGUCCGGACGAGGAUACCGGUGACGGCAAAUUACAUUGUCACACAUUUGAAGAUAGUACUGGCGGGGAAUAUCGUUAUGAGUUCGCGAAACUCCCAAAGUCUGAAGACGGUAAAUUUCUGGUGAAAUUCUCCGUUCGCUCAAAGAAUGACGUGCACAUCUCCCUGUCCAGUCAAAACAACGACGUCGCCGACAUGUACGAGAUCGUGAUCGGUGGGCCGAACGGCGUGUCGGCCAUUCGCCGGUGCAGUCAGUGCCGCGAUCUGGCCAGCGAGUUCGAGUCGUCCGGCUGGCUGGACAAGUCGGAGUUCAAGCACUUCUGGGUCGGCGCAACUCCAGGGACGAAAGGCCGUGGCGGGUCCGACGUUUUAACCAUCGCCCUCGGGAAGGAUUCCGAGGUAGAAGCCAUCGUGAGCUAUGAGGAUUCCUCCCCGCUACCCGUCGAGUACUUGGGAUUCAAGCAGGGUACCGACACGUCAGUCGCCAGUUACAGGUUUUGCGGCUUAAAUUAA